AUGGCAAAUGUUUACCACCAAAGAUUAAUAAAAAAUGGAUCAACAACGGUAUCAAAAAAAUUAUCCCGUUCAGUAUCAGUUGAAUUUGAUAAUUCGUUUUAUCCAGAUAAUCAGCCGUCGGCAAUAACAAUAACAGCGCCACAACGAAAGAAAUUAGUCAAAUAUCCAUCAGAUCCAAAUUUAUUUUCGAACAGUGGUGAACAUAUUCAAGAUGAAGCUUCCCCUAGAACAACGACAACGAGUUCAUUAAAUCGCGCUCAAUCGUCAAUCACAUUCAAUUUUCCAACUGCUACUCAUUUAACUUUGUCAUCUUCGGUUUUGGAUACAACUCCACCACCAAAACCAUCUACAUCAUCGGCAGAUCUGAAUGAAUCACUCACAACUAUCAAAAUCGUAGAAAAACAUUUCGGUCAGCCGAAAGAAACAGCAAGAGCAAAGAAACAUUUGCUAUCUCGACCGCACGGUGCAAUUGUAACAGAUGUAGAUGAAUACGCUCUAUCAGUCAUCAGAAAGAAGAAAGCAGCGAAAGAGAAUAAAACGGGAACAACAAUGAACAAGACAGCCUCAAAACUACGUAAACAAAAACCGUCAACAAACACAUUAGAUACUCUUGUUAGUGAUCAUUUCAAUGACGUUGAUGCGCCGCCUACUCAUAAUCGAUUACAAUUGACGCCUCCAAUAUCAUCAAACUCACAACCAUCCAACGAUUUCUCAACAGUAACAUCGAGUUACCCGAUACUCCAAGUAUUACAGUCAUUACAAAAUGCGACAACAACGACCAGACAACAGUGUCAGCAAUGUCAUAGAACGAUUCAACCAAUGGAUCUCACUGGGAACUGUAUCCAAUGUAAUACCGUUCUAUGUUGA